CAUAAGAGUUCAUUUUUUUUUUCAGAUACUUCUACUUGUGUCGCACUACCUGCCUGCGGAGAUGCUGGAGGGUUGUGCAUUUCUCCUUCUGAAUCGGGCAACUGCACAGGUGUUCUCGACCCCAAUGGCUGCCUUGGAGAAGGCUGCUCAUGUUGCAUGGGAGGUUGCGACGAGACGAACAAGUGCACAGCUGCCGGAGGCUACUGCUUCCGAAAGGACGGUCCCCACGUGUGCCCUGGGAAGGUCUUCAAAUUCUGUGGUAAUGGGAACUGUCGCUGUUGCGUGGAUCCUCACGGGCACGGGCACGGACAUGGGCAUGGGCACGGGGACGGACACGGGCAUGGGCACGGACACGGGCAUGGGCAAGGGCACGGACACGGGCAUGGGCACGGGCACGGACACGGACAUGGUCGGUAAUGGAGAGGAUUCAAACCCUUGCAACCAGAUGAGUGAGAAGUGGCGUUGUCCCCUGCUAGACUGAGAACCAUUAAUUAUGAUUACUAAUUUGACUGAAAACAUUCUUUUCAUCCUAAUUAUAAAUCGAAGAAUCUUAAAUUGAAAACUUUUGUUAUUUCUUAAAUAUGUUUUAUGAUUAUUCUGCAAAUAAAUUUAG